AUGAAGAUUUGCACCGCUGAAGAUGCUGUACUCCUUCAGAACGAUCUCACACAAGUAGAUGUAUGGUCUCAAGCUAACUCAAUGACUGUCAACUUUAACAAGUCCAGCUGCAUCACUUUCAACCGCAAUAAGUCUCCAGUCUUACACACCUACUCAAUCAGAGGUCAUGCACUUCAUAGAAGCUUAUCUGUCAAGGAUCUUGGUGUGACUUUAUCAUCUAAUCUAUCUUGGGAACUUCACAUCAGAAAUAUAUGCAAUAUGGCUGCUCGCAACUUGGGCUUGAUACUGAGACUCACCAAGCCCUUUAACGACAUUCACUCAUUGAAGAUUUUGUACUAUGCACAUGUCAGACCCCAUCUCGAGUACUGCAGCGUCGUUUGGUCACCGCACCAACACUACCUUGUGGAUGAUAUUGAGAAGAUACAGAGACGUUUCUUGCGACUUGUUGGGGUUCUUGUUGAUUAUAGAUACACAGAGGUCCCCAUACAAGAUAUUGCUACUUUCCUGAACAUACCAUCACUCAGUUCUAGACACUGUAUUCAGGAUGUGAUGUUUCUCUACCGUUUGAUCAACGCUGAGUUGGACUGCCCUGACCUUCUAGAAAAAAUCAACUUCAAGGCAUCAUUUGGAACCAGAGCCAUGAAUUCUUUCACCAAGGUCGCAGCUUCCUCCUCUUAUGCAGCAAAUGGCCCAAUGCUGAGGAUUCAGCGGCUAGGGAACAACAUUCCAUCCACCCUCGACAUCUUUAUCGCAUCCAAAUCUGCAAUCAAAAGCCAGCUUGCAUCACUGUAG